UAGAGGGGCUGUGCUCGGGACCCAGGAAAAUAUUGGAUUUGGUUUAAUAACACAGCAGUUUUUUAAACCUGUUUUGUGUUGUUUUGAGCAGCAUGAUAGGGCUUGCCUCGUCGCACAAAUCCAACCUCACGGUGAAGCGCAAAUAACGUGAAAGAUGUCCGGACUCCAGAGGCCAGGGUGAUCGAUGAGCAGCUGUCCGGAGGUUUCAAUGUGGACAGUCGAGCGAUAGAAGAAGGAAAGCGUGUUUUUUGGGGGGGUAUUUUACUUGCUGUUUGCAUAUGCAGUCCUCGGGAAAGUUAAAGGGGCUCGCGGUCUCAUUGGAGGGCGCAUAGUAGCCUAAGCGGGCAGCUGGAAGCAAAGGCAGCUGAUGGUCCUCUCUGAUCAGCACCAGGAUUUCUGCACUGAGGAGGAAUUCAUGUGAAGUGGGAGGCGCCCGAGCGAGACGAGCGGCACGACUGCUGGCCGAAUUCGACAAUUACCCUUGAUGAACACAGAUUGGUUUCACUUAACAGGCGCAGGUGCGUGGAGUUUGCGAUACGGCGCAGCUGAGCGAUUCCACGUUUCUGACUGUACGCUGACGCAUUUUAUGCCAAACAGAAACUACACGGAGAGAGGUUAUUGCAGCAGUUGAUUUUUUUUCUUUUCUUCACGGGACAGGAUAGGCUACAUGUUGCAAUGGGAGCUGGUCCGAUACCCAUCCUAUUGCAGAAUCCGAAUUCAGAAGCAGGGCUAUCUUGAUUUGGAGAUCUAGCCUAUAGGCUAUAUCGGAAUUUGACCGCCGUGUCAUUGCCAAGUCCAAUAUCCGGCAGCUGAAAGGCAUCUUCUUAACGGCGAAGAGGAGAGGGGGGGAAAAACUGUCCGCUUCACUACUCCCCAUCUGCGCCCUGGACGGCUUGAAAUGAGGACCACAUCCCGGCUGUGUUCCGUGUGAAGAGGCAAGUGGGGCGGCUGUUUCUUUGGCUCUUAAGGACGCAAAAAUAGUGGCCGCCGGCCGAGCUGCGAAACAUGGAGCGGGACGACACCGACACCGUGAGCGCGUCCAAAAAGACAAUAAUUGCGAAGAUAUUUAAAGUUCGGAAGAGGAGAGAGAUGCUUUUCGUUCAGGUGUGCUUUAUCUGCAGUGCCCUCUUCGUGGCGUGGAGCAUGUCGGCGCUGUUGACCAAGACAGGCCAUGGGAUGUUAGUGGAGGGACACCCGGACCCUGAACACUGGGGUAGACGGCUAAUGGCUUCGGUACCAGACAACGAAACGGAGCAGAACUGUUCAGCGCCAGCAAUACACGAGUUCCCCACUGACCUUUUCACCACUGAUGAACGUAAAAGUGGGGCCAUUGUGCUCCACAUCGUGGCGGCACUCUACAUGUUCCUGGCCCUAGCCAUAACAUGUGAUGAAUACUUUGUGACAUCGCUGGAGAAGAUCUGUGAGAAACUUGAUCUGAGUGAAGAUGUUGCAGGAGCCACCUUCAUGGCAGCUGGCAGCUCUGCACCAGAGCUUUUUGCAUCUGUCAUUGGUGUCUUCAUCACCCACGGUGAUGUGGGGGUGGGGACCAUCGUUGGCUCAGCGGUCUUCAACAUCCUUUGCAUCAUUGGUGUCUGCGGGAUCUUUGCUGGACAGGUGGUGAUUUUGACCUGGUGGGCAGUCUUCAGGGAUUCCUUCUACUACAUCCUGUCUGUUUUGGCUUUAAUUGCAUUCAUCUACGACGGCAAGAUAGUUUGGUGGGAGAGUUUGAUACUGGUGGUCAUGUAUGCAGGAUACAUCCUUGUCAUGAAAUUCAACACCAGCAUGCAGAGAUUUUUCAUGGGGUCGAAGUCGAAAAAGAACGUGGCCAAUGGUAACGCUGCGGCCAGCAGUGAGAUGGAGGAUGGUAAUACUAGUUAUGACUAUGUUUGGGAUGAUGACCCGUCAUCACCUCUGCUCUCAUCAGUCAAGCCCACCAAGGCUUACAGUCGUGGAUCAGUGGUGAUGGUGGACGAGAUCAUGAACGACAGCCCUUCGAAGUUCAGGUUUCCAGAAGCUGGCCUCCGUGUCAUGGUCACCAGCCAUUUUGGACCCAAGACCCGUCUGCGCAUGGCCAGUCGCCUCAUCAUUACAGAGCGCCAGAAGUUGGUCCAAGCUGCCAAUGGAGUGGAGACACAAGUGAUUGACGGGAAGGUAGAAAUCGAGAAUGGAAACGUGCCAGAGGACAAACCCACCGAGGCGCCGGAAAACGAUACAAUCUCGCCGUUUCAUGUUCCAAAGGGAAUUGGAAGCAAGUUGAAGUGGCUGAUAUCGUGGCCUCUUCUCCUGUUACUGUUCUUUACCGUCCCCAACUGUGCCAAACCUCGCUGGGAGAAAUUCUUCAUGGCCUCCUUCAUCCUUUCCACUGUCUGGAUUGCAGUCUUCUCCUACUUGAUGGUCUGGAUGGUGACUGUAAUCGGGUUCACUCUUGGAAUCCCUGAUGUCAUCAUGGGCAUCACUUUCCUGGCAGCAGGCACCAGCGUCCCAGACUGCAUAGCCAGUCUCAUUGUGGCUCGGCAAGGUUUGGGAGACAUGGCGGUGUCCAACACUAUUGGCAGUAAUGUGUUUGAUAUUCUCGUGGGACUCGGGGUUCCCUGGGCGAUACAGACCAUGUGUGUGAGCUAUGGAUCAGAGGUGAUGAUUAACAGUCGGGGCCUGGUGUACUCUGUGGUGCUGCUGCUGGGCUCUGUGGCCCUUACGGUGCUGGGGAUCCACCUGAAUAAAUGGAGGCUGGAUGUGAAGCUGGGCGUGUACGUCCUGGUGUUGUACGCCAUCUUCCUCUGCUUUUCCGUCAUGAUUGAAUACAACGUAUUCACCUUCGUCAACCUGCCCAUGUGCAUGGAGGAGUAAAGCACAGCAGCAUGGCUCGGAUACCAAAACCUCAACGCUCCAAUAGCAACCCCAAAAUCGUAUCUUUUUUUUUUCUUUUUCAAUAAUACUGGACCUAUCUGCAGACUCUUUUUUUUUUUUUUUUUUUUUUUUUUUUUUCCUUCUGCUCUUUCUUGUAAUCCUUUUAGUCCCAAAUAUGAGUAUCAUUUCCUCAAGAGGCAGUACACGCACUAAGAGUGGGCUCCAUUCUAUGUCUCUAAUUUGUCCUCUUGUCACACAGUGCCGGUCCUUAAUUCCCAUUAUUUCGGGCAUUGCCUGUUAUUGCAGUAAAGUCUUUAGUUCCUCUGUGCGCCUGUUAACUUUCUACCCAUCUAGCAUGCCUUUUAGAUGUCGGGGAUCUCCAAAAUCAUAAGUGCCCCUGUUGAUAGUUGGUGUGUAUUUUCACUGUUUUCACACUGUAGAUUUCCACACAUCAUUUCCAAAGCCUUUCCACAAACCAAACCAGUGUCUGUAAAGAAGAAGAAAACACCCUUUGAUUCUAACCAAAACCAUCACAUAGAGAUGACUUCCCUUGAACUUAUUCCUAAAAGAAUUACAGUUACCCCAGCACCCAAAGAUAAAAAAAAAUGCACUCCUUUUUUCCUCUCGACCCCAUGGAGGAGGGCCUUGUCCUUGGCAGCUCCCCUCCUCCAGUCUGGACCGUCUCCCCUGGCAUGGCCUUUGGCAUCAGGGAGCAGAUACUGUUAGCGCUUCACUUCAGUCACCCUACGCAACAAUUCUCAACCCUCAUCUGCUUGAUCAAAUCUGCUUUGUUUUCAAAAAAAAAAAAAAGAAGACGUUUUGUCGGGACACUUUGUGUCAAGAUGUAUCACCGUCCAGAUCAGAUGACUCUGAGGGUGUUACGCAUAUGCAACACUGCACAAUGUAAACUUGUAAACACUUUUGUUUUUGUAUUUAUUUUUUCAAACCAAGGUUUUGUCUAGUAUGAAAUAAGGAGGAGAACUUGUUGCAAAUAUAGGACAUUGCCUGUUUUUCACUGAAACAAAUUGCACAUGGAAAUGCUUUUCUUGCUUUGUGCUGUAAGGAGAUUUGACCACUCAGAGAGGUAUCUGGCUGGUGCUGGCAGACUCCCCCCCCCCCCCAGCAUUAUGUUCAUUCAGCGAUGGGUCAGUCCACUUUUCCCUCUGCACAACUUCAGAAAAAAACCUGUCUCCCGAUCUGUGGGAUGCAUUGGAUUUUUGUCAUCGUCGGGUGACUUGUUGUCAUCUUGAGACAGCAGCAGCAUGGAGGUCGUUUUAAAACAAAUGCAACCAGACGGUUCACAACACUGACUGUCUGCUAUAACACCCUCUGGCCAGUAGGGGGUACCGCAGCCCCUCUACCCAGGGCGGGGUUGCCAACCACAUCAGGGAAACUCGGAGAUGGACAACUCCAGGAGAUGGUGGUGGUCUCUUGAUUUUGAGUUACAUGUAGAUAUUGCACUUUAAUGGCCGUCCUCUCAUUCUAAAUCAACUAGUGCUUCCUUCUAUGCGUGUGUAUUUUCUCUCUGUGUGUGUGUGUGUGUGUGUGUGUGUGUGUGUGUGUGUGUGUGUGUGUGUGUGUGUGUGUGUGUGUGUGUGUGUGUGUGUGUGUGUGUGUGUGUGUGUGUGUGUGUGUGUGUGUUCAGUAUGGGCCCACGCUACGUUUCCCACACUGGGCUUUCAACUCUCGACAGACUGGAAACUCUUAACACCAUGAGCACAUCCGCCUCUGUCUGCAGUGCAUGCUGGGACAUUAAACGCAGCUCCUCCACAGCACAGCAAAAAGGCUGAGGGCUUCUGGGCAUCUCCAUGGACACCGCCCGACCCACUUUACAAAAAUCGGCAGCUACGAGCACCACUGCAAUCCAGACAUUUUGACAUCAUGCAAAAAUGCCUGUGAGGAGUCCGUAAGUGAGGUGCAGAGACUAAAAAGCGUGUGCGGAGUGUUAAAAAUAUUCCUCUGCCAGACAGUUGGCAGCAGGCACUUGUAUAUGCAAUCUCAAUUUGAAGAAUUCUUUGUGACAGAAGGCCCCUGCAAGGUUGCCAUAUAAAGACGGGGGAUCCCGUGGAGAUGUGACGUCGGUUUGUCUAGUAUUUGAUGUGUGAGCUCACAGGUGUGUGUGUUUGUGACAGCUAAUAAACUGAGCCCAAAGGAUGGAUGGUUUCUGGAACAGUGGCUUUGAGGGAACUCUCUCCUCCCGUUUUUCCUCUUUCUGCACUCGAGUUCCCUCUUGCACAAGGGCAUUAACUCUCCACCAACCCAAGCAGAAGGAGCAGAGGGGCAGCAGGGACUGCAUGGAUGGAUAGUUUUCCUCCGCCGUCCUGGGACGUUGUCACUUUUUAAAUAACCUAGAUGAGAGCAGACUUUAAGGAAUUAAAAAAAAAAAAAGUUGGACAUCCUUAAGCUGCUACUCUAUCAGGGUUCAAAUGGGUUUGUUUACUGGACAGAGGUGACCACACAGGGCCUACAGACGUAUCCACACACCUACUAACUGCUUGUACACCACCCUCUCUCCCCCUCAACCCUUUCAGUGGGUCUUCUGAACAUACAGGACCUACUUUUUUGAUGCUUUUUGUGGGGAAGGCACAUCUGUACUGUACUUGAGUUGAUUCAGAAUGUGCAGUGUUAGGUUUUUUUUUUUUUUUCAUAUUUUAGUUGUUGCUCUGUGUGGUCAUGUCCCGGUUGCCAGCUUUGAUUGGUAACACCCACAGGCGGGGAAAAAAACUGCUCCUCUUUUUUGUCCUCAUCUUGCCACACAGCGUACGUUCUCACCGGCUGUCUAACUCGCAUCUUUGUUACCAAGUCACUUUUUUUAAAGAGGAAAAAAAUGAGUAGAAUUCCAAUGCCAUACAUGUCGUAUCUCUGCAGAAAUCCAGAUUGUAUGGAAAUCCUGUGUACAAAAUAAGCGCACACACUUUAGAACAAACCCGUUAGAAAUGGCAAAUGAACACAAGAGAGGACCGGUAUGUAUUUCUUGAUUGAAUGCGACCUGAUGCACUGUGAGCUCAAUGUGACGUGGGAGUUGUUUGUCAAGAAUAAUAAUUGAUUAAAAAAAUAUUUAAUGUAUAGUAAUUAUAAAACAUAACUGAGGACAUCUGUAUAACUUAUAUGAAUGUAUUGUCUUGCUAUAGGCCUACUGGACAUAUCCAAUCAAUGCAUUUUACUGUAAAGCAAUAAUGUGAAGAAAAAAAAUAAAAUGGCAAAUAAUUCCUGUACAUUUGUCUCAUAAGUUCUUGGAUUGUUUGUGAAACAAAAAUUAAAUGAAGCCAUUUGUACAUGUA